AACAUCUCAUAGAUUUAUCAAUUUUAAUUUCUGUGCAAGAAUUACCACUAAGAAAUUUAAUUAAAUAAGUAAAUUGAAGUUUUGAGCACAGUAGUUAAAGUUUAAUAAUCAUCGUAAUGUACAUUUUUAUUAGCUGCGUUUAUUAAAUUUAUGAAACAAUUAUCGACAUUUUAUCACCCUUUUUAUAACCCCAGUACUUUUACUGGCUUUUCUGCAAUAUUUUUGUUGUGACUAAUCAUAUCUAAAUCAAUAAUGGUCCUGUAUGAAAAGGAAUGGUUUAUUGAAGCACCCUGGGGAAGAAUUUGUGUUAUAGCAUGGGGAAACUGCUUAGACCCACCUGUACUGGUCUGCCAUGGACACCUGGACUCAGCUGCAAGCUUCCGGCCACUUAUAAAACUACUUCCUAAACAGUUUUAUUACAUUGGUAUGGAGUACCCUGGGUCUGGGCGCUCUGACCAUAUGCCACCAGGUCUGAUGAUGAGCAGCCAUGAUCUCAUGUACAGCAUGCAUGUGGUCAUCAAACACUUUAGAUGGGACACAUUUGUUCUACUUGGACAUUCCAUGGGCAGUUUUCUUGGCAAGAUGUAUGUGCACGCUUAUCCUGAGAAAGUCAGUCGUUUUGUGCAGCUGGAUCCAAUUGCGAGGGAUCAGCAUGUAUCCCCGGAUAAAUUUGCAGACUGGUACAAGAAGAAAUUUAUUGAGUACUUCGACAAUUAUGAAUUGUACAACGCACCCCUGGAAACUGCACCUAAACAUAAAAAAGAAACCGUAAUAGAGAAGCUAAUGAGUUCUCGCGCUUUAAGUCGUGAGGCGGCUGAGGCGACGUUAGAGAGAUGGUCGCAACCAGUUGGCAACGGAUACAUAAGGCUUACCUACGAUCAAAGGAACAAAAACAUCACUUAUCCACCAUUCUCCAAGGAAUUCAUAACGAGUAGAGACCUCAACAGUAAAGUUCCUACACUGGUGAUAGCUUCAGCGGAAACCAAACAGCUCGGUGGAUGCAGAGGCUAUGAGUACUUGUUUGAUGAAGCAUCCUUCCCGAACAAAAACUAUAGAGUCAGGGUUGUGGAAGGAAACCACGAUGUGCAUAUCAAUAAUCCUGAAUUGGUUGCCAAAUAUGUAUCACCGUUUUUACUCGAUGGUCUAAAUGGGGUGGACUCUAGGUCAAAACUAUAAGGGUACUGUUAAAAUGAUGUUUUGUAUAUAAUAAUAAAAAAUAUAUGUCUUGUUAAA